UAAAAUUAGCUGUGAUCUGUUAAGUGCUUGCGCGAGCGGGUGGCCAUGUGAUGUUACAAAUGUGACAACUACAAGAUUAGAUAAAAACUAACAAAUUCUUUGUCAUUAAAUCUAUCUAAAUGUAGGAGAAAGUUUAGCCAUGGAUCGAGAAUUGAAAAGCAAAACUAUGCAGGUGAAUAGUCAAAGUGAGCCGAAAGGUAAAAAUGGGUUCCGAAAAAUGUAUUUGGCGGCUUUGGCAGCUUUGUCCUUUGCCGUGGCCGUUGGAAUGGUCUGUGGAUAUUCUGCUUCAGCCACUGCGGACAUGAAAAGAAAAUCAAGUCCAGUCAGACCCAGUUUAGAAGAAACAGCAUGGAUUGGCAGCAUUAUGGCACUCGGUGCAGUGCUUGGAGGAAUCAUUGCGAGUAUGCUGUGCAACAAAUUGGGUCGAAAGGGAACCUUAAUGCUGAGUUCAAUUCCAUUUCUUAUCGGCUGGCUAUUCAUAGCUUAUGCAAAAAAAGUGGUUUAUAUCUACCUCGGCCGUUUCAUCACUGGUUUCUGCGUAGGUCUCGUUUGCGUCACAACCCCACCUUAUUUGAUAGAAAUAUCUACUCCAGAUGUACGUGGACUGCUUGGGUCAUCUUUUCAACUUUUCAUCGUUAUAGGAGUCUUGAUUGUAAACAGUCUUGGGGCCACACUUAGCUGGGAGUGGCUAGCUGUUCCAUCUUUAGCUUUAGUAAUACUGUCAAUGGUGACUAUGCUGUUUGUACCAGAAUCUCCAAGAUGGCUUAUAGGAAAAGGAGGAUAUCAAGAAGCAGUUUCGGCCGUCAAAUUUCUUCAAGGGGAUUAUGUCGAUGCUUCCGCCGAAUGUGUCGCCAUUGAUGAAGAUCUACGAAAUCAACCGAAGGGUUCAAUUUCUCUUAAAGAACUAUUGAAACCAGAUGCUCUUAUACCCGCUUUGUUGUCUUUCGGCUUAGUGUUUUUUCAACAAACGACUGGAUCUAAUGCAAUUCUCUUUUAUACAGUUGAUAUUUUUUCAGCAGCUGGUUCUCAAAAUGCUAAGGUUUCUACUAUCAUAAUAGAUGGAGUAUUGGUCGUCGCUACUGCUGUAAGCAGCGGUUUGAUGGAUAAAGCUGGAAGAAAAUCUUUACUGAUACUUUCAGGAAUCGGAAUGGCAAUUAGCUUGUUUGCAUUGGGAACAUAUGAUCAAAUUAGCGAAUCUAACCCAGCAGUUAAAUCUGAUUAUAAUUGGGUUCCUUUAGUAUGCCUGAUUAUUUACAUUGCUACUUUCUCGAUUGGCUUUGGUCCAAUUCCUUGGUUGAUGAUGGCAGAAAUGACACCACUUAGAACUCGUAGUGUGAUUUGUGGAGCUGCAACAGCUUUAUGUUGGACUUUCGUUUUUAUUAUUACUAAGACAUUUCAAGCAUUAGAAGUUUCCAUACAUGAUUACGGAGCAUAUUUCGUAUAUGCUGGAUUUUCUGUACUUUCCGUUGUUUUUACAAUAUUUUGUCUUCCAGAAACAAAAGGAAAACAAGUGGAAGAAAUACAACAGUUAUUUUUGAAUUACUGUAACAGGAAAAAAUUCCCGGGAAGGUAUGAAGAAAUGUCCUAAUGCAUUCAAGAACACUUUUAAUUGAAAUACACGCUAAAAAUUUUCAUGAAAUCUAUUCCAAGAAAGUUAUUGAAGUUUCAAAUAUUCGAGAAUGUUCGAUUAGUAAUCAGAUUCAUAUUUAUUUAAUGACCAUUCUUUUAUUUAUUUUGUUGUAAAUGUGUGUAUACUUUUUAUUUUUAUGCUCAGUGAUGUUUAUUUUUCUGUUCAAUAUUAUCAUGUAGAGUGCAUAUGUCUUCCAUAAUUAAUGUAAUUAAAAAGACACAAUUUCGCUUUAUAUAUAUAUAUAUAUAUAUAUAUAUAUAUAUAUAUAUACAUUACUGGUUUAAAACGACACUCAUGACUAAAUAGUGACUGCAGAAAAUAAAUAAAAUUUUUGAAACAAAAGAGAAGCUGAAACUGCCUUCUUAUCCCCCACAGAUGUUCGAUGUAUAAGUUACUGAGUUUGAAAAUGAUUCUACAUUCUUUAAUAUUGUAUUUUGUCUUACAGCAGUAAAAGAACGAAGUUUUGUAAUAUAAUUACCACAAAUGCAAGCGAAACCAGAAAUAAACAGAAAAAAGUUUUCUUUAAUAAAAACUCUCCGAUUAAAUAUUCUCUACAGGGAGAAUCAUCUCAUUAAAUUCAAGUUGGUUCACAGUGCAAGGAAUGCGAAGCUAUAUAUCAUUCGACAAAGUUAAAAAGCUUUGAAUAUUAUCCUAAUAUACUUAAGAGUAAAUGAUACAUUUCAACAGAAUUCAGAUUUAAAUAUCAAAUGUUCGUAUUAUGAAACAACUGUGUGACAGUGUGAAACAACUGUGCAUUUAAAAAAUGUUUUAAUUUUAUAAAACUCUCUCUAUAUUCUUACGAUUCGUCUGUACACGUAAUGACGUAGUUCUCCGAGAUUGCUCGUUGCAUUGUGCGUACUAUCAAUUUUAACUAUUAAAGUUAUAUUUCACAGGUACCUAUUUAUGCUACAACUGAAGGUAGUAAAUUAGUUUUCAAAUAGAUCAUUUACUUUUUAUUAUAGCAAUAACAAAGGAUGUUUUUCCUGCGUAAUCAGUAGUGAGAAAUAUUUUAGAAGGAAUUUUCAUUCUUCUAGAAUAUAAACAAAACAUCAAAUGUUCUUUUUUUCCUACAUUCUUUCAGAAUAUUAAAAAAUGGAGUACUUUUUCCAUGAUUUACAUUAACAUUGUUUUUGCAUUAUUAAUAAAUGUUAUUUUGAAAUAAUAGUUUUCGAAUACAAAAUAAAAGCUAAUUAUAUAUUUUA